GCGAAGUGCAUUAUGGGUCCACUUAUUGCAGUUGUCUUCGUGAUCUAGCGGCAGACAUUACCACCUAUGAGACUAUCAUGCUGAUAACUGGUUUUCCUGGAUUUAAUCUCACUGUAAACUCAAGAUAGCAGCAACUAUGGAUGCAUCUGAAGCAGAAGCCUCAACACAGAAUCAGGGAAAAGAGGAAGGUGCAUCAUCAGCUCAAGGAGAUGCUGGAGCAAGACCAAAAAAGGCAUCUUUGAAAAGAGCUGCAGAUGCCAAAGCAAAAAAGAAGCACAAAAAGGCUCGAGUGUCCAGACCUGCCCGGCCUGGUUAUACUGUCCAUCAAGGGGAAGAUAUGCUUCUCGUUAUAUCGAGUUCCACCUCCCAGUAUGACGGGUCAGUGUGGACUCUUAAGAAAAAGAAGGGGAGCAAAAAGAAGAAGUUGGCAAAAGGAAAAGGAAAAGCCAGUCAGGUCAAGAAAAAGAAGCCAGUCAAUGCCAAGCCCAAACUGGAAAGUAAACCAGUUAUAGAAAAAGAAGAAAAAGUCGCAAAUUUGUUUAUAACUCAGGAAGAAGACGACCACAGAUGGGGCCACAGCCUGCCUGAGGAGAUGCUAAUUAAUAUUUUUCAGAUUGUGGUCAUUCAAGAGGGAGCAGUGCCCUUUUUAUGCAGGGUGGGGAGAGUUUGUCGUCUGUGGAACGCCGCUGCCUCCAGUCCGAUCCUGUGGCACAGAGUGACUGUCGGUCACUGCUGGAUUGCACCAGGGAGGAGCCAACUACCAAAAACUCAGAAGAAGAUUAAGGACACUUUGGACUGGCUGGCACACAGCAGAUUCUCUCAGCUGCGAGACUUUUCUCUGUGUCACUGGACAAAGAACGUUGAUUAUGCAUUAGAGGUUGUGUCGCAGUACUGCCCUGAUCUUUGCUCCCUCAAGCUUUCUUACUGCACAGGAGUGACAGCGGCGGCCUUUCGCUGCCUCGGUCUGCACAGCCGCUCCCUGCACAGCUUAAAUCUCCAGUAUUCAGAGUUCCAGGUUGAAGGACUCCUUGAGUAUCUUGAAAACCAUGGGAGCCAGAUCAGGCAAAUAUUGUUCAGUCAUGGACUAAAGAAUGACAGACUUCUGGCUGCAAUCACUCGGGGAUGCUGUCCCGAUUUGGAGAUGCUGGAGGUCAACACCAAGCUUGACAGUAAAGACUGCCAACUUCCUGUUUGCAUCCAGGCACUACAGAUGGCAUGCCCUAAGCUCAAGACCUUCCGAAUGAUGAACGUCCAACCUCUUCAUAAGGGAAUGCGUUUUGGUAUCGACCCAACAUCAGGCUUCCCAUUACUGGAGGAGCUUUGUAUCGCAACCACAUCGUUUUCCUAUUUGACCGACAGAGAUUUGAGGGACAUUCUCUUCGAUUCCCCCAAACUGCGAGUGCUGGACCUGCGAGGCUGUUCUCGAAUCACAGCGUCUGGUCUUGCAGAUUUACCCUGUCUAGAGCUUGAAUGUUUGUUCUGGGGACAAUAUUUCAGCAGCCAUGUUGGGCUGUCAUCGCUUAAGAAAGGACUUCACACGUUGACCCAAAAAUGGAGUCGAACUUUGCAACAGCUGGACAUUGCACAUCAGCUCUUCACUGAGGAAGACUUGGAGUUAGCAAUGAGUUACCUUUGUCAAGCUGAGGCAGACACACUGCGCUCACUGAACUUGAGUGGGACCAGAAUUACACCACGUGCACUCAGGCCAGUCAUUGGACAAAUGACUGCUCUAGACUACCUCAACCUUUCAUCCUGCCGCUAUCUCCCAAGAGGUGUAAAGAGGAUUUAUCGUGGCCAAGAAGACAUCCGGCAGCUGCUGGACAAAUUGGAAUAGCUCUCACAUUCAUGUGGUUCCAGAAAUGAGAAACCAAGUUUACAAGGCAGACUUGAAUAUCUUAAUGCAGGCCUCGCUGUGGGUUAUAUUGUCUAAUCGAUGUGAAUAUUUUGCCCUCAGGACUUUUUUGAUAGACAUUUUUUCUGUCUGUUGUUGGUACGAAAUUGACAUUUCUGUGUUUGAAUGCAAGAAGCAGUAGUUUGCAAACCUGUUACUACCGCAUUAAUGUCAGGUGGGGGGUUUUGUUUUUUGUUUUGACAAUAACCAACACACAAUGCGUGACACCUAGUACUGUAUAUAGAUCAUUUUAUUUGUAAAACUAAAUAUUCAUU